UCACGAGGGAUACCGGAUAUAUGCUUCAAGAUUCCUGGGUUCCUGUACUGUCUAGAGUUUUAUUUAGCCUAACCUUCUUGAGAUCUGAAAGUACUGUGUUUGUCCUCAAAAUAUAUAGGUAGCAUCGAUCACCUACCCAAUUGCAAGAUCUACCGAGAGCUUGCUCGAUCCAUAGCCUGUCUCCAAAUAUUUCUCCCCAUUUUUGCUAGACACACGAAGAGUUGAGUGAUGGAUCCGGUGUCGGUAGCUGCAGUGGGAUGGGCCAUAUCCACCGCAGGGUGGAUCAUCUCCCCCAUCGUCGCCAAGCUCGUGAACAGCGUCUGCCCCCGCAUAACCUUGAACGUGCCGAAGAAGAUCCGCGACCUGGAGACCUGCACUCUCCCUCGGCUGGCGCUCACUCUGGGAGCACUGGAGAUCAGCCAGAGGCAUGAGCUGGAGAAACUGGUGAAGGAGCUCAAGUCGGCUUUCUAUCAGGUGGAAGACAUCCUGGAUGAUGCGGAGUACUGUCGUCUGGAGAAACAACUAGCCCGCUCCAAGAAACGCAAGUUCCCCUUGGAUUUUAAUGAUGUUGGGUCCUCGUACCAGGCUGAUGGUACCAAGUUAACGGCAGGAUAUUCAAGAUGCCGUUUGAAGGAUAAACUAGAUAAGAUAGAGAAACUAAUUGAGAAAGCACAGGACAUUAUUAAGUUAGCUAACCUGCCAGGCAAUAAUAAUGAAAGUGGCGAUCAUAGACGAUACGUUGGUGUCACUGCCAAACAUACAUCGAAGCCCACCGCUGCAUAUCUGCCACGCAAGGUAAUCGGUCGAGACAAGGAUCGUGAGGAAAUAAUAAGUAUGCUUCGUGAUGAAAACCAGUCAAGUGCUGAUAGAUGUUUUUCCGUUAUUGGCAUUCACGGCAUCCCUGGGUCUGGGAAGACAACUCUUGCACAGUAUGUUUGCGAGUACGAGGAGGAAGCCAACCACUUCGACAUUGUGAUGUGGAUUCAUGUCUCCCAGAAUUUUGGCCUGGACACCAUCUUGAGGGAGAUGAUUGAACAGGCUACAAAGCAACCAUGCCCUCAGUUCAAAAGUCUUACUGCUUUACAGAAAAGAUUGAAACAAGACCUGUGCGAAAAGCGUUUCCUGUUGGUACUAGAUGAUGUCGAGCAUAAUAAGGAUAUAAGCGAGGAUGAUCUUUCUGCAUUGGAAGUUGGGGGAGCAGGAAGCAAGAUUCUAGCAACCAGUCGAACUAGAGAUGCUUUAUUGGCUUUGGGUGCUGUGAGAUCGAAAUGCAUUCCAAUAUCUAAGUUAGAUGAGCAUGUCUUCCGAGAAUUGUUCUUGCAAUAUGCACUUGACGGUGCAGAGAUAUGUGAGCGAGAUCGAAUAGUACUGCAGAUGAUUGGGGCUGACAUUGCAAAGAAACUGAAGGGAUCACCUCUGGCAGCAAGAACAGUGGGAGGACAAUUGCGUAUAAGGCAAGAUGUUGAGUUUUGGAGGAGUGUACGAGAUAAGGAUUUUUUCAGUGACGCAAUGGAAGCUCUGCGGUGGAGCUACCAGCUUCUUGAUGAGAAAGUUAGACGAUGCUUUGCUUACUGCAGUAUUUUUCCCAGAGGGCAUCAUUUGGGACGCAGUAAGUUAAUUAACUUGUGGGCAGCAGAAGGGUUCAUAAGCAGAGAGGAAGUUGGAGGAGAUUACUUCCACAAAUUAGUGGCGACCUCGUUUCUGCAGCUCGAACGAAAGGACUCGUCGGGCGAGGAGUACUAUUUACUUCAUGAUCUGCUGCAGGAUUUAGCAGAGACGGUCGGACGUAGUGAUUGCUGCAGAAUUGAGGGUGGCUGCACAGGACAAGUUCCUCGAGACGAUGUUCGCCAUUUGUAUAUUAAGGCUUGUAAUGGAGCAACAGUUGCUGGCAAUAAAGCUUUCGAGAAAAUGAUUACCGAAAAUAUUGUCAAACUGAAGGAGCUGCGCACUCUGAUCAUUGACGGAGGGGAGACAGGAAUUGAGGCAAAGGUGUUCGAUGAUAUCUUCGACAGCUUGAAGUCUCUACGAGUACUGAUUGUAGAGACACAGAGUAGAAGAAUAUUGCAAAUCCCAGAAUCUAUUGGUUACUUAAAGUAUCUACGAUAUCUUUCUAUCGAGUAUAGAUGCCGUAUAUUUUUUCCGCGCACGGUUACAAAGCUUUACCACUUGCGGGUGCUUGAUUUUGGUGAAUAUGGAAUGUUGGAACGUAGUUGCUCCCCUGAAAAUAUGAGUAACCUUGUGAACUUGCAGAGAGUGGUAGGCCGUUCACUUGGGGAUUUUCCAAACAUAGGCAGGCUGACAUUGCUCCGAACAUUACCAACCUUCAGGGUGAAAAGGGACCUCCUGGGUUACGACAUUAAGCAGCUGAAGCACCUAAACAAGCUCCAGGGAAAAUUGGUGAUCAGUGGUCUCCAACAUGUUCGCAGCGAGGAGGAAGCCGUUGAAGCGAAGUUAGCUGAGAAGGAGCACCUCAAACAACUGACACUGGCCUGGGACGAUGAUAACACAAGCAGUAACCACGAUCCAGCAGUACUCGAGUGUCUAUGCCCGCCAAUGGGGCUUCAAGUCCUGGAAAUCAUAGGCUACCGUGGUUCAUACCCUGGCUGGAUGGUGGGUAAGCAUAGUGGUCAACUGUACCUUCAGAAACUUGAGCUCCGCCAAUGCAGCCCACUGGGACCUGCUCCUAGACUUUUUGAGUGCUUCGUUCAUCUGGAAUCGCUCUGUCUCUCUCACUUAAGCUGGCACACCUUGCCAGAUAACAUGGAGCAAGUCAGGACUCUCAAAGUUCUGAUGAUCUCCCACUGCAAGAAUAUGAAGGUGCUGCCAACACUGCCGCAGUCUCUUUCGCGUUUUAAACUCUCAAACUGCGGGCACGAGUUCACAAGGUCUUGCAAACAGAAUGGAGAAAAUUGGGAAAAGAUCCAGCACAUUCUCGAAAAAAUAAUCCUAUGAUAUCCAUAGCUCUCAAGACGAGGCAUCAUGGCGCAAUGGCGUUGCAUCAGCAGGGCUUUAGGCAUCAAUGGGAAGACGAUGAAGGGAAUGUUGAGCAAGGUGGCAGUUCAGACCUUAAGCCAAACUGCAGGCUGGGCCGGAUGUAUGUGUGUUAUGAUUCCUUGGUGUAUUUUCAUUCUGUCCUUUUUUUAUCAAAAACUAGGAAGGUAGCCCGCGCCUUGCGCGGCCAUGUAUUUUAGAUUGCGUUUGAAAAACUUAUAUAGGUGGAAUAUCAACCGGAUGACACCUGCCAUAUUUUUCAAAAGUACUACUUCGAAAAACUUAUAUUGCCAUGUUUGAAAAACUUAUAUUGCGUGGGCAUGUAUUUAGAUUGCAUUUGAAAAGUUUAUAUAGGCGGAAUAUCAACCGGAUGACAACUGCCAUGUUUCAAAUGUACUAUUUCUCCGUAAUUUUUCUUCAUCAACAUUGCUUAGAUAUUUUUUUCAUGCUGUUUGUUAGCUUUUAAAAUAUAUAAUAUUUAAUCCAUCGGUAUAAACAAUUAUGUAUGAUCCGUAUAAACACUUGCCAUGUUUCAAAAGUAUCUAUUUAAUUUGUUUGGAAAACGUGCCUAACAAAAUAAACAUAAAUUAAAAGUUAAAUGUUUUGUCUUGUUUAAUUGAUUGUUUAGUGGUCUUUUUUUAACAAAUCCUAAAAGAACUAUUAUUGUUAGUAAACAUGCUUUAUUUGUACCAUGAAGUUAGUCAUCUUUUUAGUUGGUUCAAUAUGCAUGUUUUACAUACUUACAUAUAAAUUAACAAAAACAUAUCUUAGAACCUCACUUCCUUUUAAUAUGUGUGAUCUAUAGUAUCAUUUCUAAAGCUAAAUAUAGUCGACAUGAGUCAAAAAAUUUAAAUAUAAUAGUAACAAAUAUAACCUACUAUAUACUUAUACCUUAGUGUGGCUUAAUAUGCAGACAAACUCAUUAUAAUAUGGUAUUGGAUAGAUGCAAGACCACUAAUAUUUAAGCAUUUAAUAAUUGUUAUAAAAAUGGAACAUGUAAUGGUUGGAUCAAUUUUAGUGAAAAGUUCAAACUUAUUUGAUUUUCUCCAAAUAGUUCAAUUUAGUCCCUAUUGAUAUUUUAAAUUGUAAAUUUUAUUUUAUGCCAAUUCAAAAUAUAGGGGUUAUGGAUAGAGCAAUAGUUAGAUUAAAAAUCAAAUGUGUAGCUUAAAAAUAUGCAUGUUUUAAUAUUAUUGAUUAUUUCUCGCAAUAAAAAAUGGAUGGGUAGAGGAGAGAGUGGUGAGUUAGAGCUGAGAGGGGAGAGGACGUGUAGUGUUGUCAUUUCAUAAAGUGUGAGCCGUUAAUGUGGUCUUUACCAAAAGUAAAUACUUCCAGAGUAUUCUUUUUUUUGAUGAGAUUCCAUAAAUAAAAUUGCACACGAGAGCUUAAACGUUGUCGCACUGAGUUUCGCUAUAUGAAAAAAAAAGUUCAAUCAAAUAUGGAAAAUAAGCCUAAUGCAAACACUUGGACAAUAUGCUUAGCUUGUGAUAACCGUACAUCAGCGAUAACAAACUGAUUUGAUUAAGUAUGUGUCCUCAUUAGGGUGGUUUUUGGAACAAAACUAAGUAGGGAUGGGUAUUUGCAACAAAAUAACUUAUGGGAUGGAAUGUCAAACUUCAAGUGAUUUAUGAGGUGGUUUUUGCAAUUUUCCCUAUAUAUAACAAGAGUGUGUGAAGAUUUCAUUGGAUUAAUCUCUUAACUUCCUAUAAGUAUUGAAAGUUCGAUAAAUUCAUGUUGAUUCUAGUUUGAGUUUAGGCAUGGGAAGUAUGGGGAAUUCUAGUGUCACAUGCAUUGCGUAAUUAGCUGCAGCUUUCCAAUUCCAGACAUCAUGAACAAUGUAUUUGGGACCUGUUUUCUUUUGACGAAAUGGAAUUAGACAUAUUCAUAGACCAAUGUGUAUAGUCGUAAUGAUGCAUAUGAAUGUAUUCGUGCAUAAUUAGCUAGGCUGGGUCUCAUGUACAGGAUCUGGCUAAGAAUUAAGCAGCUAAUCCAUAACAUGUGAGAAUCAGAUGUUGAUUUCUGGAUAUUAUAGCUGAGUUCUUUCUCCCAGGUUCCCAACUACAUAUCUCGUUUUCCGCGCGCACAUUUUUCAAACUGCUAAACAAUGCGUUUUUUAAAAAAUAAUUUCUAUAUGAAAGUUGCUUUAAAAAAUCAAAUUAAUCUAUUUUUGAAAAAAAUAGAUUGCUAAUACUUAAAUAAUCCCACCUUAAUGGACUGUUCUGUUUUCCGUGCGUGGGACAAGUGUACCGAACCGGAAUUAGCGAACACACCCAUAGGAAGCUUAUGGUGCUUCAGGACAAUAACCUGAUGUUUAUUAACAUCAAGCAAUUCUUCGACUUUGACAAUCCAAGUAUAUGAGAAACUCAGUAUGUCCUUAGAUUACAGAAUGCUAUGUUCUGUUAUAGUUUCUCUUCGAUUUGCUCAGCCAUAGCCUCAUUUCAAUUGUAAAUAGCCUCUAUAUAUUGAAAUUCUAUUUGUUAGAGGGGGUAUGGAGUACAUCAUAAACAGUCUGCAGAACCUGCACGUAUAGUAUAUUAAUAUAUUCUAUAUCAAAAGUCUGGUUCACGGAGUAACAUUCAUCUUUUACACGUUAACAGAAACAGUGUGGAUAUACAAGAUGCGCCCAGCAAAAUUUUACACAUCCACUACAGGGCCAGGGCCGGUCCUGACUUUUCAGGCGCCGGGGCGAAACUAAAGUCAUGCCCCGGUGCGAAACAAAAUAUAGAGGCCCUUAUUAUACGAUAUAAUAAUAAUAAUAAUAGAUACAUAUACUAAAUUAUUAUCAUAAAUAUUUAAAUUGCAUUCAUAAAUUUUAUAUAGGAAACAUUGAACAUGUUACCUCGAAAAUUUCUUCUGACAUUUCUAGCUGUGAAGUCAUUGAUAAUUGUACCAAUAUCAAUUUCAUCCAAUAAUUUCUUCUCAAUGCAUAAAGUUGCCAAACCAUUUAACCAUUUCUCUUUUUUUUCCUUUUCUCGCUACUUCCUCGACGACAUGUCCUGAUAAUUAUAAAAAAAAUAACAUUAUUGUAGUCAUUUAACUCAUAUUACACUGCAAAAUUAUAAAUCUAAGUCGGGAAAAUAGUGCAGCCAUGGCCUUCGUUGAUUCGUCCAACUCUAGGAACAACAUCAACUGAAUUAAUUAAAUAAUUAAUCUAGCAUCCAAUCCUACGGGAACAACUGCAACUAAAUCAAUUUUUCACAUGUACUUAGCGAUGGCAAUUGGGAAUUUGGGAUUUGGGAAAUUGACUCACUCACCUGAACACAAAACAUACCGCUGAGUCCUGAUUCCUGAAUUACUAAUCGUUCUCCUCGGCAGAUGGCAGCAAAGCAAUCCGGUAGGCGGCAAGCGCGGCCUGCGGGCUUGUGUCGGCGGACGGCGAUGGCGCGAUAUCGUGACUCGCACGAGGGGUUAGGGUGUGGGCGGCGCCGCAGCCAUCUCGCUACUCGAUCGCGUCUUCUGAUCUUAUCUCUUUCGGUUCGCUUUCUCUGCACGAGGCCGAGGGGCCGAGGCAACGCCGGCCUACGGUUGGAUUGGUCGGGGAAGGGGGACGGGAGGUGGAGCCCUACGAUCUGGGUGCCCAGGGCAGCCGCACCUCUCGCCCCCCUCCAGGGCCGGCCUUGAUCCACUGUAAUGGACGCAUUCAUCCACUACCAUUUGAAACAAAACUUUCUAGCAAUCUUCUGAGAUAUAUAUU